AUGGGUUGUAAUUAUGAAGAAAACCCUCUUUCAAAAUGUUCACCUCAACAAGCAGAAGACAAUGCAUGCCUAUCAGCAAUGCUACUUAGCUUUAGUCCAAUGGUUUAUAGUGCAGUAUUAAAUGCUGCACUUGAGCUGAAUUUGUUUCAGAUCAUAGCAAAAGCAAGCCCACUUUGUGUUUCAGCCUCUGAGAUUGCUUCUCAACUUCCCACACAGCACAAAGAAUUGCCUCGAAGGCUUGAUCGCAUGCUAUGCCUCCUUGCUAGUCACUCUCUUCUCACAUGUUCCACACGCAUCAAUGAAGAUGGUGCCAUGGAAAGAGUUUUUGAACUCUCACUUGCUGGCAAGUUCUUUCUCAAUGAUCAGACCAAUGGCUCUGUGGCUUUGUUCUCAACAUUUGUCAGUCAUCGAACUGUCGCUGAUGCAUUCCAAAAUUUUAAGGAGGUACUUCUAGACUGUGAUAAAGGCCUCUACAUGAAAGUUCAUGGAAUGCCUGUUUAUCAAGGCAUACAGACUUAUCCAGCGUGGAAUCGUACUUUUAACGAAGCAAUGGCCAAUAUGUGCACAAUGGAGAUGAGAAAGAUACUUGAAACAUACCAAGGAUUUGAAGGAACACCAUUGCUGGUUGAUGUAGGAGGUGGAGUUGGGCAAAGUUUGAACAUGAUAAUCUCCAGGUAUCCUUCAAUAAAGGGUAUCAACUUUGAUUUGCCACCAGUAAUACAACAAGCUCCAUCUUAUCCAGGGAUUCAGCAUGUUGAAGGAGACAUGUUCGAAAGUGUUCCAAAAGGUGAUGUCAUACUAUUGAAGGCCGUAUUGCACAAUUGGACGGAUGAAAAUUGUUUGAAAGUUCUAAACAACUGCUACAAAGCUUUGUCACCAAAUGGUAAGGUGGUGGUUGUGGACUUGAUAGUCCCAGAAACAAUUCAGUGCAUCGACACUGAUAAGAUGGUUACUGGCUUCGACAACCUCAUGUUUCUCGACGGUGGAAGCGAAAGAACCGAGAAAGAAUUUAAGAAUUUAUGCCAACGUUCUGGAUUUUCCAGUUUCCAAGUUGUUUGUCGUGCCUUCACUGCUUUGGGAGUAAUGGAAUUUUAUAAAUGA